GCCUUGUCACAUUUUCCACUGCCCAUGUCCCUUAGAACAUGGAGGAAAUUAUGGCAUUUCACUAUCUUAAACUUAAACACACUUUCUUUCUCUCUCUCUCUAUCUCUCAAACACCAUAAAGCCCCUCAUUUCACAACAAUACCCACUUCCUAGUCCUUCGCCCAACAAAACCAUGCUACACGCUAGUAAAUAAACAAGACCACCUCAAUCAUUGUGCCCUUCUUGCAUGUCUUAAGGAGAAAGAAAGAUUCUCAUCCUUACAAAAAACAACAAGUUCGAAAACAGGUAUUAUAAAGAUGGAGAUUGAGUCAGUGAAGUGCGAGUGUUGUGGGUUGAAGGAGGAUUGCACCCAAGACUACAUCACCGAAGUAAAGUCCAAGUUCGAUGGAAAAUGGUUAUGUGGGUUGUGCUCUGAAGCAGUGAGAGACGAAGUGAGCUAUGGAGGGAAAAAAACAUCACCGGCCAUGGAUGAAGCUGUGAAGGCUCACAUGUCAUUCUGCCGCAAGUUCAAAUCAAACCCUGCCGUUAGAGUGGCUGAUGGGAUGAGACAGAUGCUGAGGAGAAGGUCCGGUGACCUUUCACAAUCUCCGUCUUCAUCAAAGAAGUAUACAAGGUCAACCACCACUUCUCAAGUCGGAGAUUCUUCAACUUUCCGUUUAUACUGAUGCAGGGUUGGAACAGAACAGAACAGAGCAGAGGCAGAGGCAGAGGAUACUCUGUUUUUUGUUGGAAUAAAACUAGGUUUAGCCUUAUGGGAUAAGUUCUUUCUUCUUGUCAUGUACAGGAAGUCUUAUUUUCUUCUGCUUUUUUUUUUUUUUUUUUCUCUCCAACUGAUCUCUAGUUUCUAGUUUGGUAUUCCUAAUCCUCUUUGUCAUCUCUUUGUUCACUUCAUUGGCAAAAUAGUGACCGAGUUUCAAGAAAAAUAAAAAAGAUGACCUCAAACUUUUCUCUCCUCCAAAA